AACACCUAGCAAUGGCCGCCAGAUGAAAACAACACACAAACUCCUUUCGUUGAAUCGGGUUGAACUUUCUUAUUUCGCAUUAAAUUUGAUGCGUUUUGUCAUAAAAAUGUCGUCCUCUGUGGAAAAGCUCGUGUCGGCCUUCUUGGAGGAGUUCAUGUUGACUGCUGUGACUGAAAUCUGCCAGAGACUCAAAGAUGAACCUGCUGGAAACUCAAAGACAGAGGAGCAGCUGCUGGAUGUGAUGAGGAGUCUCUGUGAGGCUCUGCUGAAGGAGCUGAGGAGGCUGCUGGAGCAGAACCAGGAGCUGACAGACGAGCAACAGGAGGACAAUGAGCCUCAGCAGGACUCCACCCUCCCUGCAGCUGAGGGGGACACCCAGGACGAGGUGAGCCACCAGUCAGAAGCUCCUCGAGCUGAAACCGCCUCAAAGGAGCAGACUCCUGCCAUGGGAGGCAGACAGACCUUCAGCUGCAGCAUCUGCAGAAGCAGCUUCUCCAGACGUGCCAACCUGAACGCUCACCUGCGUGUCCACAGCAGAGAGCGGCCCUUCACCUGUCCCACGUGUGGGAAAGCAUUCUCCGCCCGGAGCAGUGUCAGAGUCCACCAACUCACGGUGCACAACAAGCAACGGCCCCACAGGUGUUCUCACUGCAGGAAACUAUUUGGCACCCGGAGCCACCUGAGGACACACCAGCUGUCCAGCCGGGCUCAGCGUGGCGGGGCGUUCAAGUGUCCGACCUGUGGCAAGGUACUGGCAGCACGAUGCUGCCUCCCGCAGCACAGACUGAGCUGUCAGAAAACAAAUGACAAAUUCAGGUGUGCAGAGUGCGGGAAGCAGUUCUCCAAACACAGCUACCUGUCUGCACACCAGAGAGUCCAUCAGAAGGACAAACCUUUCAAAUGUCCAACAUGUGAGAAAGGGUUUACCACACAACGCAGCGUUCACAUUCACCAGCUCACUAUCCACAAAGGUCUGAGGCCUUUCAACUGCAGCGUCUGCAGUAAGACCUUCAGCCAGCAGAGCGGCCUCAAAGCCCACUUGAGGACACACACAGGUGAGAGGCCGCACACUUGCGAGCAAUGUGGAAACAGUUUCUCCAGCAGGAGCAGCUUGUCAGUACACCGUCGUGUUCACACAGGAGAAAAGGCCUUCAGCUGUGACGCCUGUGGGAAACGCUUCAGUGUGUCAGCUAACCUGAGGCGCCACCAGCUGGUCCACUCUGGUAGCCGGGAAUUCAGCUGUGAUGAGUGUGGUCGCAAUUUCACCCAGGCUGUACACUUGAAGGCGCAUCAGACAGUGCACAGUGGUGAGUGGGCGUUCAUUUGCAACAGCUGCGGGAAGGGAUUCAGACAGCGCAGCACUCUGUUGGCACAUGAACAGAGUCACACUGGCACCCAACCAUACAACUGCAGUGAGUGCGGAAAAAACUUCUCUUCAUCAUCGUCGCUGAAACGCCACCAGCUGGCACACAGUGGUCAGAGAUCUCACACCUGUGACGAGUGUGGAAAAAGCUUCACCAGUGCCCAGAUCCUGAAAACUCAUCUGCAGCUGCACAGCGGGAACAAAGCAUUCUCCUGUGAUGUGUGCGGGCGUGGCUACAGUUCGCUAAGCUACCUGAAGAUGCACCGACGCAGCCACUCAGAAGGGAAGCCAUUCAGCUGUGCUCAGUGUCAGAAAACCUUUUCCACACAGGCCAGCAUGCAGCUGCACGAGCGCACGCACAGCGGAGAGAAGCCGUUCAUCUGCGAGGUUUGCGGGAAGAACUUUAGUGUGUCGCAAAACCUUGUUCGACACAAACGCAUCCACAGCGGAGAGAAGCCUUUUGAGUGCGCCAUCUGCGAGAAGAGAUUCAGUCAGAAUAACAACCUGAAGGCUCACCAGCUGGUUCAUACGGGGCAGAAACCAUUCAGCUGCUCUACCUGCAGCAAGAGCUUCUCCUCCAUGAGGAGUCUCAGAGAGCACAAGUGUGUUACUGCUGAAUGAAAGCUAUCGAAACUGUGGAGACAGAAGUCAGACAUGAGGCUGACAGAACAAAUGUGGAGACUAAAAUAUCCUGAAACAGGACAGUCAAGGGUCUGUUUUUAGUCUCACGAAAACAGGAUGUAUUGAUGACCCUCCAACCUCAAAGGAUAUUUUAGGUAUUGGGAGAAUGUAACAAAAUAAAAAAAUGGUCUUUUUUCUUUUUUGAAAUAGUCACAAAAAAAGAUGAAAGGCUCCUUAUUGUUAAAAAAAUAGCUAUGUUUUUUGGUUCAUCUUAACUCUUAAGAUACAGUUCAUCAGUUGAAAUCUAAAACUCCAAAACCAAUAAAAUCUGAGUUAACAGAGAUGUUCCAAUACCAUUCUUUCCACCCUGAUAAAAAUUCAGAUACAUAGUAUCUAUACUCAAGUAUGGAUUAAUAAAUAUCCCCCCUUUUAAAGCAUAGCAAUGUUGAAGUAUACUGAUGUUUAGUGGAAAAAAGUGGCCGCUGAUUCACUUUAAUUUAGUUGUGUUUAGGGGGUGCUGGUAAAAUAUGCUGUCAGAUUGGUACAUCGCCUGUGGUACGUGCAGAUACUUGAUAAGCCUCACUUUGUAAGUUUAUAGUCAGAAGAAUUUUGUUUACACAACUUGUGUACUGAAAUAGGAGUCAUUGUUGGGUGAACAUUGGGUAUUUUUAUAUAUCAUUCAGGAUGUAUAAAUUCCUAUGUCUAAAUGAUCCUGGUGAAGUAUGAUUUCAAAUUAACAAUUUUUUUUAUUAUGGUUUUGAGAUUUUGACUUAAUAUUAUUAAUGUUACAUUGAAAAAUCAUCGUGACCUCACUGUCAGAAAGGCU